CGUUUCCCAAUUCGUUUCCUAAUUCGUUUCCCGUCGAGUCUAUUAUAUAUUCAAUUUGAAUCUUUAACGGUGGUUUCUUCCUCGUGGGCACCGUACGCCUUUGCUGCUUUCCGUUACACCCCCUCCUUCCUUUACUCUGUUCUCCGGUAGCUCAGAGUCUCAGACCGAGCUCAGCCCCACUCAUUUCUCUCUGCUAGCUGUCUUCGCCACCAUAGGGGAGUCGGGGAAUCGAGCAAUGGCUGGAUUUGUAGGGAUUCUGGUGUCGGAUCCCUGGCUUCAGAACCAGUUCACUCAGGUGGAGCUUCGCUCGCUCAAGUCCAAGUUCAUGGCGAUGAGGGGUCCUGGCGGCAACGGAAGCUCGAUUAUGGUCCGGGACCUUGCAGCUGAGAUGUCGAGGAUGAAGAUUGCUGGCGACGGCCUUGCCGACGAGGAGAAAGAUUCGUUCCUUCGCCACUUGUUUCCUAACCUUGACGUCCAUGUCGAUUUCGAGGCUUUUCUCCGGGCUUAUUUGAAGAUGGAAGGGCAUAUCGGGAGGAAGAAUUCGUCUUCCGAGUUCCUCAAGGCGGCGACGACCACUCUGCUCCACACCAUUAGCGAAUCGGAAAAGGCUUCUUACGUUGGCCACAUCAACAGUUAUCUCUGUGGUGAUGAUUUUUUGAAGAGGCAUAUCCCUAUUGAUCCUCUAACAGAAGAUCUCUUUGAGAUCUCCAAGGAUGGCGUGCUUCUAUGCAAACUUAUCAAUGUGGCUGUUCCGGGGACCAUUGAUGAACGGGCGAUCAAUACCAAGGCAAUGCUGAACCCAUGGGAGAGAAACGAGAAUCAUACAUUAUGUCUCAACUCCGCUAAAGCUAUUGGGUGCACUGUCGUCAAUAUUGGAACACAAGAUCUCGUUGAGGGGAGGCCCCAUCUUGUGCUUGGUUUGAUAUCUCAAAUCAUUAAGAUACAACUUUUAGCUGAUGUUAACCUCAAGAAAACUCCCCAGCUAGCGGAGUUGGUUGGAGAUAGCAGGGAAAUGGAGGAACUCAUGAUUCUACCACCGGAGAAGAUUUUGCUUAGGUGGAUGAAUUUUCAGCUUAAGAAGGGAGGCUUUAAUAGAGCCAUAACAAAUUUUUCAUCAGAUGUCAAGGAUUCAGAGGCUUAUGCAUGCCUUCUGAAUGUUUUGGCACCUGAACACAGUAUUAAGCUUUCUGGAAAGAAUGUGAAAGAUCCUCUUGAAAGAGCGAAGCUUGUCCUUGAACAUGCAGAUAGAAUGGGUUGUAAAAGAUACUUGACUCCUAAAGACAUUGUUGACGGUUCACCAAAUCUGAAUCUUGCUUUUGUUGCACAUAUUUUUCAGAAAAGGAAUGGAUUAUCUUCUCAGCAGAAGCAAUUCUCAUUUUUGGAUGCUAUACAAGAUGACACACAAGUUUCUAGAGAAGAAAGAGCAUUUCGUUUGUGGAUGAAUAGCCUGGGAAUUUCAACAUACAUUAACAAUGUGUUUGAGGAUCUUAGGGACGGGUGGAUUCUCCUUGAGGCUAUUGACAAGUCCUCUCCCGGAAUAGUUUCUUGGAAGUUUGCAACUAAGCCUCCAAUCAGAAUGCCAUUCAGAAAAGUUGAAAACUGUAAUCAAGUUGUGAAGAUUGGUAAACAACUGAAAUUUUCACUAGUCAAUAUUGCUGGGAAUGACAUUGUGCAAGGAAAUAAGAAACUCAUCCUUGCAUUUUUGUGGCAAUUAAUGAGAUACAACAUCCUCCAACUUCUGAAGAACUUGAAAUCCAAUUCCUGUGAAAAAGAGAUUACUGAUGCAGAUAUUUUGAAUUGGGCCAAUAAUAAAGUGAAAGAUUCGGGAAGACAAUCACGGAUGGAAAGUUUUAAGGUAUGCAUCUUCUUUUAUCUUUCACUGCAAAUUCUGAUAUUUUUCCUAAGUAAGAAGAGAAAAUUAUAAAUGUCUAGCAGUCACCCUAUACUUCACCAAACCAAAGCGGUU